CUCCCUAAUCGUGUAGAAAGACAUUUUGACACACUUAUAAACAGCAUAUCCCAUCCAUACUCGCCAUGCCUUCCACCACAUAUACUCCAGAGUCUCCAUUGAAGAAGAGAAAGGUUGAGCAUGACCUUGACAGCAUCACUGCGAUUGUUCAACCAAAGCCACAAGUCGUGGCCUCACUCUUUAAAAAGGUUCCAUCGUGCCACAACUUGAUCUCACAGGUUCCAACUCCUUCCAGAACCCCAGAAGCCGAAGGUAUGAAUGUGGAUUCGGAUCACAAAAACUACCACGGGUGCACCCAAUGCUCCGAUUUGCCAGGAGCCAGCACCACCCUUGAGGAACACGACAUGAAGAAGGUGUUCAAAGCCUUGCCAAAUGGGUUAAGAGGUCCUGACUCUCCGACUAUUUAUGCCCGCUACGUGCUUCACUCUUAAGCCCUCUGUUUCCGUCAUGUACAUAUUUAAUCCGCUAUCGGAGCUGCAAUACCCGUACACUUUGCAUAUUCUCCAAAACAGAGAAUCUGCCAUAUCUAAACGCCUUCAAUCACCUUAUCCUAUUAAAUCAUAUCUAGUACCUAAGCCAAAGAUUAAUACAUACAUGGCUAUUCC